AUGUUGACGCCCUCUCCUCAGUUGGUGGAUGAUUUUCCCAGAGAUAACCAGCAGACGCCAGCUGCUAGCCCCGCGCUGCCGCAUACUCCAGACCCGUGCCCACUCCGGGAUCUUUCCCUGAACCCACUUCCCGGACCCUCUUUGGCGCCGCCUCCGUUGGACGCCGAAGACGUCCCCAUGCCGCUUGCCCAGCCCGAUGUCGCCUCCCAACCGCCACUGCUUCGGCGUUCCAGCCGCCUCGUUCGGAAGGCGGCGCCCUACUCUCCUCUAGCCGAUUCCCACGGCCUCCUUCAGGAGGACUUAGCUACAGAUAAGCCUACGGCACCGGGCUGUACAUUGGUACUAUCUCCCCCGCUGUCGCCAGUGCCACACUAG